GAUGAAGAAAUCAGACCAAGGAUAAUCUCAGGCUGGGAGUUGUGGCUGCGCAACUAUCCAUCUUCUAGCAGAAGGGACCUGCACUGUUGCAUCAGAUUAUCAAAGAUCAUCAGUUUCUGAAAUGCAUGCAAAGAUGACAGGAGCAAACACUGUUGGCAGCGAUCUGUCAGAGCAGAUAAAAGAGGUGACCAAAGACAGCCAUGUGCGUGCUGAGAACACUCAGCUAAUGCUCAACUUCCAGAAAGGACUUAUCACUCUGCCGCAGUAUAAGAUUCUUCUGUGCUCACUGUAUGAGAUCUACCGAGCGCUGGAAGAAGAGCUGGACAGGAACUCGGCCCACCCGGCCGUGGAGCCCAUCUACUUCCCUCAGGAGUUGGCCAGAUUGGAGCCCCUUGAGAGAGAUCUUGAGUAUUUCUUUGGGCCACAGUGGAGAAAAAGAGUUACAGUACCUGCAGCAACACACAGAUACACAGAGAGGCUUCGAGAGAUUGGCAGGAGCAAUCCAAAUCUCCUCGUAGCUCAUGCUUACACCCGUUACCUUGGCGACUUGUCAGGAGGUCAGGUCCUAGGAAAAAUUACCCAGAAGUCCAUUGGACUUAAUGGCAAGGAUGGUGUGGCAUUCUUCUCAUUCCCGGGAGUGACAAGUCCUCACCGCUUUAAGCAGCUGUACAGGAGCAGAAUGAACAGCAUUGAGCUGAGUGAGGAGGAGCGCAAGAAAGUUCUGGAUGAAGCUGUCAGGGCCUUCGAGUUUAACAUUGAGGUUUUUGAUGACCUGCAAAAAAUGUUAAGCAUCACAGAAGAGGCAUUAGGUGGCAGUGGAACACAAAAUGGACCCAUCACACCACUAACAGCCAUUUCAAGCUCUCCAGUCAUGCAGUUUACACUAGGACUGUGUGUUGUUGCAACUCUUGGAAUGGGAGUCUAUUCUGCUUUUUAAAUGUUAUACAGAAUAUAUAAGAAACAGAUUAUUUAGCAUCAACAAGAAAUAACUGAUUACAAACUCAAGCUGCUUGAAAUACAGAUCUGAGCCACUGUGAUUAUGAACAAGCAAGAAAAUUAAAAUUGUCUGACCAAUUUUCAAUUUACAAGAUUUAAAAAAAAAACAAGGUGAGAUCACUGAAAUUCAUUCAAGUAUUUUUAAUACAAGCAUUAUAAUAGAGAUUCUGUAAAUAUGUUACUAAUAAAAUCACAUUUACUCAAA